AUGUCGUCAACAUUUCGUAGUGAACCUAUGAAAUUAUAUCAAUUAAUAAUACAAAAAGAUGGUGCUUUUAAUGUAUUAGCAGAAUUAGGCCAACAUGAAUUGAUACAUUUUAAUGAAUAUAAAGCAUCAUCAAAUGUUUUACAAAAAACAUACAUAAGAGAAGUACAACGUUGUACAUCUAUAGAAAGAAGUUUAAAAAAUUUAGCAAAUCAAAUUUGGCAAUCUAAUAUUCCUGAAGGAAAAAAUGUUUUAAAAUUUGAUAAUUUUCCAGAGAUUAUAGCAGAAGUUGGUAAACCAAAAGAUUUAUUAACAAUAGAAUAUGAAAUUGAGGAACGUGAAAAAGUUGUAAUGGAAUUAAGUAAAUAUGAAGAAAAUUUAAAAAAUCAACUUGAUGAAAUGAAAGAAUUUGAACAAGUUCUUGAUAAGGUAAAUGAUUUUUUUAUAGAUCACGUGGAUGAUGAAGCAAUAAAUACACUAGAAAAUGUUGCAUCAAGUGAAAGAAUAUCAUUAAUAAAUGAAAAAGAUAUUGAAAGAGAAACAUCAAAUGCAUCUAAUGAAGUUACAACACCAUGGUUUGUUGCUGGUAUAAUUGGUGCACAAAAAAGAUUUGCCUUUGAAAGAGUAUUAUGGAGAGCAUGUAGAAGAACAGCUUUUGUUCGUACAACAUUAGUAGAAAUUGAAGAUAACAUAUUUUCACCAAAAAAACCGGAAAGAUGUGUUUUUAUUAUAUUUUUUAAAGGUAAAAAAUUACAAGAUAUUGUUGAUCGAGUAUGUGAUGGAUUUGGAGCAAAACAAUAUCCAUGUCCUAAAACAGCAAAAGAUCGUCAUCGUAGUGAAUUAGAAAUCAAACUUCGUAUGGAUGAUUUAGUAACUGUUAUCAAUUCAACAAUAUCUCAAAAAGGUGAAGUAUUAACAUCAACAGCUAAACAAAUAAAUGAAUGGUGGAGAGAGGUUCAUUUACAAAAAACAAUUUAUCAUUAUUUAAAUUCAUUUAAAUUUGAUACAAGUGGAAAUUUUUUUAUUGCUGAAGCAUGGAUACCAGAUACUUAUAUUAAUCAAGUUAGAGAUAUUCUUCAAGAAUGUGUUACUAAAAGAGGAGCUGUUCUUCCAAUAAUAAAUGUUAUAGAUUCUAUUGAAACACCACCAACAUUAACAAUAACUAAUAAAUUUACAAAUUGUUUUCAAGGAAUUGUUAAUUCUUAUGGAGUACCAACUUAUAGAGAAAUAAAUCCAUCAAUAUUUACAAUUAUAACAUUUCCAUUCUUAUUCGCAAUUAUGUUUGGUGAUGCAGGUCAUGGUAUCAUCUUAGCACUUUUUGGAUUUUAUUUGAUUUAUAAAGAAAAAAUUAUUGAAAAAAUUGAUGAAUUAGAUGAAAUUUCAAGUAUAUUUUUUGGUGGUCGAUAUAUUAUUUUUUUAAUGGGAUUAAUGUCAAUUUAUACAGGAUUAAUUUAUAAUGAUGCAUUUGCAAAAAGUUUCAAUAUUUUUGGUUCAUCCUGGACAAUUCCAUAUACUGAAAAUAACAUAAAUAAUUGGGUUAAUCAAUCAAAUAAAAAAUCAUUUGAUUUAACACUUGAUCCUUUAUAUGCUUAUAAUGAUACGCAAGGACCAUAUAUAAUAGGUGUUGAUCCUAUUUGGAAUUUAGCACGUAAUAAAUUAACAUUUUUAAAUUCAAUGAAAAUGAAAGCAUCAAUUUUAAUUGGUGUAACACAAAUGACAUUUGGAAUAUUUUUAAGUUUUUUUAAUUAUUGGGAAAAGAAAAGUUUAAUAGAUAUUUUAACAAAUUUUAUUCCACAAUUAUUUUUUCUUACAUCAAUAUUUAUAUAUUUAUGUAUACAAAUAAUUGUUAAAUGGAUAUAUUACAGUGUUAAACCUGCUGAAAUUUUUAGUCUCUAUUAUCCAGGUCCACAUUGUGCACCAUCACUUUUGAUAGGUCUUAUUAAUUUAGUAAUGCUAAAAAAAAGAGAUAUUGGAUUUGUUAAUGGAAAUGAAACAAAAUACGAAGAAUUAAAAGCAUGUUAUUUAAAUCAAUGGUAUCCAAACCAAAAUGAUUUUGAACAAAUAUUACUUUUAAUUGCAUUAACCUGUAUUCCAGUAAUGCUUUUAGGAAAACCAAUAUAUGAAUCAAUUAAAAGAAAAAAAAAGUCUAAAAAUUAUUUAGAUAGUAAAAAUAUUAAUGAAAGUUUAGAACUAAUAUCAGUACAUUCACCUAAUGAAGAAAAUAAUAUAGGAAAUAUACAUAUUCAUAAACAUUCUUCAUCCAAUACAAUAAAUACAAGCAUAUGUGAUAAAAAAACAUCAGUAUCAGGGGAACAUGGAGAAAGUAUGGGUAAUAUAAUAGUCCAUCAAGCAAUUCAUUCUAUUGAAUUUAUUCUUGGAUGUGUUUCACAUACUGCAUCAUACUUAAGAUUAUGGGCGUUAUCACUUGCUCAUGCACAACUUUCUGAAAUUCUAUGGGAAAAAGUUUUAGUUGAAGGAAUGAAUGUUUUGCCUAUAUACAGUCCAAUUGCUACUUUUCUGGCUUUUUUUAUUUUUUUCAUUCUUACGAUAUCAAUUUUAGUAUUAAUGGAAGGAUUAUCUGCAUUUUUACAUGCCUUACGUCUUCAUUGGGUAGAAUUUCAAAGCAAAUUUUAUGAAGGUAAUGGUUAUAAUUUUAAUCCAUUUAGUUUAAAAGCAGCACUAAAAAUUUUAAAACCUCAAUAUGCUAGAGAAUAG